GUGACAAUAUUACGGGUCUAGUCAGUGCAUGCACUGGCAAUCUGUUUUGCGAUAGUCUUCCUAAUUCCUUAUUUAUUCUGAAGCAAAUCUUGAGGGCCUGAAAAGUAUGCGUCCUUGGUACUGCUGCUCAUGGUCGAAGUCCGAGGUGUUUCAUAAACUCCAGGUGUGAGGACCAUUGUGUGUAGUGACCCGCUCCAAGUCCACAGCUGGAUAGCACUCCCGGUCCAGAGGAGGGGUUGGAAAGGCGUCUGAGCUGUAUUGCUCGAUGGAUAUUUCCCAUGGGAGAAGUGAUUGAAAACUCUCGUCGUGAUAUGGUUUCAACCGCGGAGAGAAUCCUCCGGGCUUUCCUUGGGAGGCUGUUAACUCCGAUGUAUCUGAUGGAGGCCCGAACUCCAUAUACAUUGGUGGUAACAUGUUGGUUGGAUCUGGAUCCUGGAGUAUUAUCUCGAAGUCGGCUCCAUGAUCUGUGGACUCAGAAUGAACAGUAGUACACGGUGAGACCAGUGUUGGGGUUCCAGGGAUGUUUCCUUGAAAUGAAUUCCACGCUGUCGAUUCCUGACUCCAUUCGGAUAGUGUAGGAUACUCCGCUAGUGUUUUUCUUGGUUUUUCUUCACUGUUGUCAGUACUAUGUCGAUAACUGCCAUGAUUAAUGUGCUGAUGAAAUGCAGCACUGAUGUGGUCCGCUAUGAUGGUUUUGACAAGUUGCUCGACUUCUUCAUCGUCCUGAAGAAGGCACUUUUCUCGGAGAUCUCUGGUCGCUGCGGCGGCGACAAGUUGCGGGACAGAUUUUUGAAGAUGUUCCAUCGUGUGAUCACAGCCCCAGAGACCGUCACGGCAUUCAGAAUCUGCUUGUUGUCAGUGAUUCGUACAUGA